UGCUCUCAUCUGCGCACCUGAAAAGCUUCAAAAUCCGAAACAAUUUCUCAGAUAUGCCAAGCUAUCUUACUCUCGUUCCAUCAUUUUCUCCCACCCACCUCCUCUCCGGCGCAUCUUAGCGAUUCGUGCACACACCUCGUCGUUUUCCUCCAGCGCACUUUAGCAUUCUUGGCGCACUUUUAGCUUUCCAAAAUGAGCAGUAUCGGAAAGUUUGCCGACCUGUCGGGGUGGUCGCCCACAAAAAAUGAUAAUAUGAUAAUUAUAAAAAAACUCCAUUUUUUAAUACAAUAAUUAAAAAAAAAAAUUCCCGCUUUUCUCAGUAGUGAGGAACUUAGGAUUAAUAUAGAGCGAAGCCACAGAAGCUUCUCUGUUUCGUAAUUUAACCAAACCCCAGUUCCCAUUUUACACUGUAUAUCUCUUGUUCAAUCGAUUCGUAAGUAAAAGAAAGGAUCUUUUUGUUGUUCUACUUCUACUCAGUUCUUGAUAAAACUUUCAUGGUUUGUUAUUUUUCAUGUCUAUGCCCUUAGAUCAUGACUACAUAGGUUUAUCAUCGGAGGUUCCUUCAAUGGAGAACUCUGAUGCAAAGUUCUCUGGUGGUAGUCUUUACUUGAAAGCCACCGAGUUGAGACUUGGGUUACCUGGGUCCGAGUCACAGGAGAGAGAGAGUGGGAACUCACAACUGAGUAUUGGUGUACACAGUAACAAUAGCAGCAGCUGCUGCAACAACACUAAUAAGAGCUUCGUCUCAGGUGCCAAAAGGGGCUUUUCUGUUGCUAUUCACGGUGGCUCUGUCAAUUGGGUUUUGUCAGGCAGUGCUGGACCUGAGCCGGAUUUCUCUCCCCUGGCUUCUAAUGCUGGCAAAGUGAUUACUGGGUUGGAUUCGGUUCCGACCAACAUUGAUGGGUUGCCCCAGUCACCGGAGCUGGUGGCGCAGGAGAAGAAGAAUCAAUUUGCCGGAGUUAACGGCUAUGGAGUUGCUUCUGCUUCUAAGGCACAAGUUGUGGGAUGGCCACCAAUUCGUUCAUUUCGAAAGAACACAAUGGCUUCUCAUCAUCCAAAGAAUGAUGGUGAUUCAGAAGCCAAGUUGGGAACUGGAUGUCUAUAUAUCAAGGUCAGUAUGGAUGGUGCUCCUUAUUUGAGGAAGAUUGAUCUCAAAACCAAUGGAAGUUAUACUGAACUUUCUUCAGCAUUGGAAAAGAUGUUCAGCUGCUUUACAAUUGGUCAAUGUGGCUCUCAUGGAAUACCCAGCCGAGAUGGACUGAGUGAGAGUCGAUUGAUGGAUCUCUUGCAUGGUUCUGAAUAUGUACUCACCUAUGAAGACAAAGAUGGUGAUUGGAUGCUUGUUGGUGAUGUUCCAUGGAAGAUGUUCAUUGACUCUUGUAGGAGACUGAGGAUAAUGAAAAGUUCAGAGGCAAUUGGCCUAGCCCCAAGAGCCAUGGAGAAGUGUAGAAGUUGUAAUUAGUCGGACAUUGUUGCUAUCAGUGGAUCAAAUACUCUAUCUGGGAAAAUGAUCGUAGAUGCUUCUGCUGUUUGAUUGUCGAAAGCUUUUAACAUUUUCCGUUGGUUUCUGGAUAUUAUUGCAUUAAGACUUGUUUGUACUAAGAAAAUUUAAUAAGAAACUCUCUAGCAGGCAAGACAAAAAAUAUCUUGAACACUGAGGUUUAUAGGUUUGUGUAAGUUUUAUUUGUGGAUGAUCAAGGCUAUUAUUGUGCAAAUAUGAUUUGUUUGCUCACUUAUCAAUGGGGAUGUUAGAUGAUUUCAUGCUAA